UGCAAAAUUAUAUCCGGAGACUUGAAGUGACAAAGGGCGGUGCAUUUUGCAGAGAUCUAGGAUUUAAAACUUUGUUUGAGUGCAGCCAGCCCCUUCCAGUCUUUCAAUGGAUCAGACUACGGGCAGCUGCAUGCGCAAUUCGCAUUCCGGGGCCGCCGUCUGGAGCUGCAUGCGAAAUCCACAUUCCGGGGGCGGGGGUCCCCGGCCUCACCACUAUCCGUCUCCUUUCUCCUUAUACAAAAAAUCCGAAGUCGCGGACUUCGCCGCUUAUCCGGAUUUUCCUUCUCCUUGCCUGGUGUCGGCGACGCACAGUUUCCCCGGAGAAGAAGAGGGUUUACGUGGAACAUCACACGGGCCGCUUCCCCCGCACCGAGUGGCACAUUCCCCCUCCGCUGCCGACGGCGGCCAGGGACAGACAAACCUCGUGCUUGUCCGCCAGCUCCGCGAAUUUCGAAACCGGUGGCUCGGAGCCGGCGCUCUGCGCCGCGACUGGGGAUUACUCCGGCCAGCGGGGAAGAAAGAUGCAGAACAAAUAAAAGACAUGUGUAGUCAGUUUGUCACUGACAUGAAACAUGACAUUACAAUUUGGCAUUUGGUGGACCCCACCAGAGACUGUAUUUAUGGCUUAAAUGAAAAAUCCCAAACAAUAUACUGGGAUGAGCAAAAUUUGAUGAAUGUAUGUACAAAUUAUUCUAAGUAUGAAAAAAUGGAACUUCUCCCAGAUUUCCAACAAAUCUUCUGCCCUUAUGUUUUCUGCAUCAUGCAUGACUUGUUGAGAAAAGAAACUCAAGAUUCAAAUUACAAGUCGGAGUCCAACAACAAGGCCAGGAAAGAAAGGACAGCAUUUACUAAAGAACAGAUUCGAGAACUGGAGGCUGAAUUUGCUCAUCAUAAUUAUCUGACCAGACUGAGGCGAUACGAGAUAGCAGUUAACUUGGAUCUUACAGAAAGACAGGUAAAGGUCUGGUUCCAGAAUAGAAGAAUGAAGUGGAAGCGUGUCAAAGGUGGACAACCAAUUUCACCACAGAGUCAAGAACCAGACGAUGUGGACUGCGUGACUCCUGAUGCAAAUCUCAGGAAUAUAGAUGGAAAGAGCCAAUUGGAGGGCUUAGUGGACAGUAAGGAAACAAUGCAGGACAGUAUUAGAUAAAUUCAUUGGCCAUAUCCACCCGAUUUGGACUCUAAAGUGCGCCUAAGUUGAAUGAUAUCACCUAUUUAAUAUCAGGUGUCAACUUGACCUUUGAACAUUUUGGAACAUCAGCUUAGGCUCAUUCAGCUUUGAAACCAAAGUUCAGUGAACCCCAAUUCUUGACCAUGAACGUUUUGUUUCUGUAUUAUAGCAAAGAAUCUGAUUUGAAAUCUAUGGUUUCAUUAAUCAUUUCAACAAACUGUCAUACAAACUGUCAUUUAUUUUGCUUUUUUUUAAGAAAACUUAGCUUGCAGGUUUGUUGCAUAAAUAAUAAGAAAAAAACAUUGGGUCAAACCACAUUAAAUUAACAGCAUAAAGACUUACGGAGA